AGUAAUAGGUCCCUGCUUUCCUCAAACCUUCACCGAUGUUUUUAUUAUUUUUUCUGCUAUUUUUGCAACAAACUUUUCUUCAGGGUGAAUAGUCCUAACUAUGAAACACAUCGUUUCUGGACUUUCUGCCUCAACUACAGGUUGUGGGUCACCCAAACCAUAAACUGAGUUGAAGUUGGGCGCCUGGUAUGAUAAUACCCCUCUUUCCAACCCCGGGAAUUCAUCAUGUGUUUAAGUGCUAUCUGAAUAUUAAAGAUGCCCAUCCAUUUUCGUCGUGGGGAAACUAAUUCACUCUUCACAUUAAACAACAAAACCCGCUAAACUUCGGAAUUCGCGCUUCGUUGUCUUCGUGUGCUUAGAUGGGGGUCUCGUCAAUGACUUUCUUCACAAUACCUAUUGUGAUUAUUGAAUAUGACACGAUUAAUUGUUCUGCAUGGAAAACUCUACACAAAUCAAUAUUGGUCAAUCGCAGAACGGUCUAUUAAUAGAACGAGAUGUCUGAGCUCGCUGGCAAUGGCUGAGGAAGUCUAAACAUCAGAACAUACGGAGCACACUGGACCCAUCAUACACGGUGUAUGGGAUCGCGUCAUCAUAGCGAGCCAGUUCCAGGGUUGGGCAAUGUUGUCACCGUUUAGGGGCAUCCCGCGUGUGGUCUUCGCUAUGCUAACAGUAUAUUACAGAGUGAAUAUGUUAUAAGGAAACUCACCGUGAGAGAGUAGAGAUCAGGGCAGGAAAAUGAGAUGAAGUAUAUAAAGCACUGUGGAUUCCAACACCUGUGGUGGUAUAAUAAUAACAGGAAUAUUGCACGAUGCCACAUCAAGUCUGACUGGAAUGGUCAGAAGGUUUGUUGCUGAAGGAAUAAAAGCGCCAAUCAUCCAGGCUCAUCGAGGUCAAAGAAAUCCCUUAGACCAGUAUUACUUUGAAAGUGAUCGAUUUAUAACAUGAAAGAAUGGGAAAAGAAUUCAUCCUCUGUAUAGUACAAAGUUAUUUAAGAAUAUGCGGAUUGUCGAAACAUCAAACCAAGAGACAGUCGACGCUCUUCAGAAUAGCAAGGUAAUGCGUCCUGAGAAGAUGGCACAUGGGGCUUAUGACGACGUUUUCGGGGGUGAGGAGGAGGAUAAUGUAUCGCUUCAGAUCAAGGAGUUCGGAUGCCAUCUAGAGUGGAAAGAGUUGCAGAAGAUUGAUGGAUUGACACUGAAGAUUAACCAGGGUGUUCUUGCCGGUGAGUCAUGGGACUACAAUGAACGUCCUACGUACUUCACCGCCGUCCGAAAUCUGCAAGGGUUCAUCGAGUACAAACUUGGAGACGAAGAUAAGGCGGGCGAUUUCUUCCAAACCGUGCUCGACCACGACCCCGUCAACAUCAAUGCUCUUGCCAAUAUGGUCCACAUGUUGAUCGGGCAGCACCGGAUCAGAGACAGUCGACCAUUUGAAGCGAGGUUACGCACCAUCUUUCUUCAAUGUGGGGACAACACUGGAUGCUGCCAAGGAUAUUCCCAACGAGCAAGGGCUUACGCGGAUCGCGCACACGCGAUCCGUUACUUCGAACAAAACAAACGGUGUUUCAGGUAUAUGGCAUACGUGGAACGAGCGGCAACACUGGGGAGAUACUGUCAACAAACACCUGACAAAGCAGAAUGGUUCUUUGAUCAUGCUCUUGCGCUCUACAGGAGAGAUGUUCAAAUGAUUUACCUUCGAAAGGUAUUGGGUGAAAACGUCUCUGACGUCCUUCAAAGGAAGAUCAAAUCAGGGUAUGAAAAGGCGAUUCGGUUAUUCUAUGACACCAUACAGAUUAGCCAUUCAAAGUCUGUUCUUUCACUUUCCUGGGUUUUCAUUGGGAUACUGCUCAAUCAAGAUCCUGACAUCAGAACUUUAGCCAGAAUAUUUCCUAGAGACAAUGCCCUUCGACACAUGAGUGCAGAUGACUGUUACCAAAAGGGGUUGUCGAUAGAUAAUACCAAUGAAAUUACCACACGAAGGGUUGGUGCCGAAUACGCCAAGUUGAAACGUUAUUCGAAAGCAAAAUGUUUGCUUGAUCGUUCACUUGAAAGGCUGAAGUCUUGGUUUGGUCAUCGGUAUCGCGGUGUGCUCUAUCUAUCAAUGUACGAAGAUCAACAACUUACUGAUGGAGAGAUCCUGACACAGUUCGGAAUCACGUCAAGAACUGACCUUUUGCUCAAGGCAAAAGCAGACUUUGAAAGCGCCCAACAAGAGCGUAAUGUUCACGCUGAUUUCUCUGACUUGGGUCGCGUCCAUUAUCUCUUAGGAGAGAAGCGGCAAGCAAUAGCAAAAUUCAAAAGAGCUUGUGAUAGUGAACAGGAUGACUAUUUCGAUGUGUUAGAGACCUACAGCAGGUGGGCUCAGUGCAUUGGUGAAGAACAAGUCGAGGAUAUGGCUGAUCUGCGGCGAAUUGCGGAAAACCAUCGGCAGAAACUCAUCGCAACGCCUCUGGAUACUAACGGAGACAGUUUCAGCGACGACUUCGAGCAUUACAGUAGGAGCACAAUCCACGGACAUGUGCGUCUUUUGACUCCUACUGACUUCUGGGUGGCGUCGGCCACCGGUCGGACCCGACAUAACCCCAUGCCCUACCGGGGUCCAACUCCAGUGGGACAGUACAAAUAUGACUUCUUUCUAUCCUUCAACGAGGGGGACCGCAUCUGGUGUCUGGCUCUUCUGAGUAAACUCGAGACCGAGUACAAGUUACGUGGGUGCAUCGAGCAGAGGGACUUUGUCGUUGGCGCAGAGCAGAUCGACAACAUAAGGACAUUUCUUCGAGAUAGUCACCGUUGCAUCAUCGUCCUGUCGCAGCACUAUGUGCAGCAUGACGAUUCCAAGGCUGUCCUGCGCGAAGCUUUCCGCGUUGCAUUCAAAAGAGAUGGACCUUAUGUCCUGCCCAUCGUUCUUACUGACUGUGAGACAGACAAGUUAGAUUCGAGGGUGCAGGAAGUUCAGAGUAUCCACUGUAACCUCGGACAGAUCCCAAACAACCAUUGGCUGAACCUUGUGAGUUCCCUCCGACAAGGAAAGGAUCUCGCCGUUGAUGGCUCCGGAAUUCUUGUCUUGAUAUCACUCCUUUCUUUAAUGUGGUCUGAAUUUCCUCUAGAUUAGAGGGUGUACCUUGCUGCUUAGAUGUGCAAUUUCAUUGUCUCUGUAAAUAGUUGUCUUUAAAUCUUACAAAGAGCGCCGGCGCUUUAAGUCUUGAGGGAUCGCUAUUAUAUUAACGUAUUCGAGCUGUUUGUGCUGAGCACAGAAACGUACAAGCUAUAUACACCAAAGUUUGCUUUUAUAUGAGUUUAAUGUUCAUUUCAGUGUAAAAAAGUUAUCAGUUCCUUAAUUAGUAGACAUUUUCCAAGCAUCAUGUAUAAGAUGAACGAAGGUAGAGGAAUGAACAAGAACUUAAUUGUAAAUUUUAAAUGUGUGAUUCUAUUUUCUUUCCCAGUGAAUAUGCUUAUAGAAAUUCAGGUCUAAUUAUUUUCAUUUCACAAUAAGAAAGGCCACGAUAAAAAAGAGUUUUUAAGUGCAAAUCUGUAUGACGAAGUGGUCAAACCAGUCUUUAUUUCCUCAACAUCUUGAGCCGAUUUCUUUAUAAGGUACUUAAAGGUCAAGUCUACCCCAACAAAAAGUUGUUUUUAAUAAAAAGAGAAAAAUCAAACAAGCAUGGAACUGAAAUUUUCAUCAAAAUAGGAUGUAAAAUAAGAAAGUUCUGACAUUUUAAAGUUUUGCCUACUUCCAAGAAAAAGUUAUAUUCACACCGUGGUCGGUAUGCAAAUAACGAGACUGAUGGCAUCAUCCACUCAAAAUUUUCAUUACAUGGAAUAUGAAAUAUUUAAUUUUUUUCCUGUGUCAUGUAAAACGAAGUUUUAUUCCUCCCUGGACAUGUGUAUAAUUAUUUCUAUUUUAACAUUUUGUGGAUCAAACAAGAGGGUCUUUAUUGUCAAAUCUGUAAAAAAAUUGAAAUAUAGUUUAAUUCAAACAAAAAACAAAAGAAAUAGUGAGGGACAUCAUCAACUCUCUCAUUUGCAUAUCACUGAGAUGUGCGCAUAACUGUUUUGUGAAAAAUAAGCGAAACUUUUGAAUGUCAUAACUUUCUUAUUUUACAUCCGCUUUUGAUGAAAUUUUCAGUGUUAUGCUUCUUUGCUUUUGUUUUUCUUCUUAUUCAAAUCAACUUUUACCGGGGGGUGAACUUGACCUUUAAGGAAGGCAUGUUGACUUCUGAAGAAAAGUAACAUUUUAUCCUGGCGGAUUUUGUCGACCAUUGGAAUUGCAAAUUGAAUACACCAACAGAAAAAAUAUCUUGCAUUGAGUCGCCUUAUUGUCAACAUGCAUGUCAAGUGGAAUGGCACUUCAAAGUUUUCAUUAAGGUCAGAUCUGGGAGAGGAGAAAAUAAUUUUACAUUAUUUUCUUGUCAUUCAAAAGAAUGCCUAAAUAUUAAUAAUAAGCAAAAACUGAACAGAAUUUAUUCCUUGCAAAGAUGAUACUCUAAUAUCGUUAUAUUUUUACCAUACAUGUAGAAUAGCUGAGACAUUGUAUACAAAUGUGUGUCCUCAUGCAGUCCCCCAAAAGGCCCAAAUCAUAUUUCUGUAUGUUCAAAUGCUUGAAUGCAUGAAUAGUUCUUAGCAUAAAAUUGUCAAGGAAACGUUUCGUGAAAUGCCUUGUCAGAGGCUUUAUCCGAAUAGGUCUGUUUUCCGACAGUUACCUUAACAGAACACUCGUCACUUGCGCUUCUCGGCCAAUGAAAACAAGAAAAGUUGUCAGAUCUAACAAAUUAUCGGACGAAGAAUGUUGAUGAAAAGUAGACCUAUCUGUAAACGUCUUUGAAACAGUUUUCAAAUGUGAUAGUUAGAAGAGCAUUUCAUGAACAUUUCUGUCCGACAAGUUGGUGGAUAUAACAAUUUCCCUUUAUUUUGAUUGGCUGAGAAACACUGUUUCUAUAGUAACAGUCGAUGAAAUAUACUUUCUCGAAUAAAAUAUCGAACAAAUCCUCUAAUGAAAUUUUCACAUGAACUCAACUUUAAGGAAAUGUAGAGUUUCGAUAAGUACAUGUUGAUUCCUGUCACGACAGGCCCUAUUUCUUUUAAAUCACAAUGAUCAGUAAUUAAAAUUUUCUGAAUGGAUUUUGAUAAAUAGUUGUCUUCACAUCGAAUGACCUGAUGAAAUUAGAAA